AUGGGCAACAAACUCUCCCAAGCUGAAAAGCUCAUCAAAUCUGGUCAAAAUUGCGACCUCGACUUGGAUGAAAAGGAAAUCAACAACAAGGAAUUAGCACAACUUUCCGAUCUUCUCAGAAAUAACAAUACUUGUUAUGCUCUCCAUUUGAAGGCAAAUAAUUUUGAUGAGAAGGGAUUGGAAGCACUUGGAGAGGCGUUGCAGACUAAUAGAUUUUUGAAAAGAUUGUAUUUGAAUAAUAAUAGAAUUGGUGAUGUUGGAUGUAAACAUUUAGCUGAUGCAAUUAAACGUGUGACAGCUCUUGGUAUGAUUGACAUGUCAAUGUCUGGUAUUGGAACACAAGGAGCUAAAUUCUUGGGAGUUUCUCUCGUUCUUAACAAUUCCAUUCACACAAUUUACUUGACUGAUAACACAAUUGGUGCUGAAGGAACCAAAGCUUUGGCUGAAGGUUUGAAGGACAAUAAGAAACUCAAAGUUUUGGACAUUUCAAGAAAUGAUAUUGGAAAUGAUGGAGCUGUUGCUUUGGCAGAAAUGUUAAAAGUCAAUUCAGUGUUGGAACAAUUGUAUAUUGUCAAGAAUAAUAUUGGCACAACUGGAUCCAUUGCUUUGGCUGAAGCUUUGGUUGUAAAUAAGGGAAUGAGAAGUUUGAAUAUGGAUUUUAAUCCGAUUGGUGAUGAUGGUGCAACUCCUUUCAUGAAGGUUCUUCGUGAAAAUGACAAGAUUGAAAAGAUUGAAUUUGAUGAUAAGAGUAUUUCUGAAGAUUGGAAGAAUGAAUUUAGAAUGAGAUUACAAAGAAAGCAAGAAGUUCGUUAA